AUGGCGCAACGACGGCUCGCGAGAUUGCUCAGCGAGCUCGCGCAGCCACAGCCUGUUGUCGGCACACUGAAGCUUGGUGGCAUCUCGUUCGACAUCCAUGCCUCUGCAACACCGUCGCGCUUGCCGCAUUCCGAGCACGCGUUGCUCGACGCACAGGAUGGGUUCAAUGCUGAUAACUUGCAUUUUAUGUUACAGAAAUAUUUGCUCGGACAAGAUAUAUUUUUGCUGUCGCAGCCUGGGCCGUACGCCAGGCGGCUUGCCAUGACUUUCUGCAGGCAAGAGUAUGAGUAUAUUUCCCUUCAUCGGGACGUGGGCGAAACCGAGCUCAAGCAGGGGCGCGAACUCAGACAUGGCGGAAACCUUGUAUACGUCGACAGCCCCGCCGUCAAAGCCGUUAAACAUGGCCGUAUUCUUAUUAUAGAAGGAAUCGAAAAGGCUGAACGAGGCAUUAUGCCCAUUCUGAAUAAUCUGCUCGAGAAUAGGGAACUAGAUCUGGAUGACGGGACACAUAUCAUACAUCACGAUCGUUAUUUCCUACUAGAGUACGCCCUCAAGAGCUUGGAAACCAAGCGUUUCAUUCCAGCCCACAAAAACUUCAGGGUCAUCGCCAUCGCUGCUCCCAUACCGCCAUAUACAGGUUACCCCAUCGACCCACCAUUCCGAAGCCGCUUUCAGGCACGUUUCGUGGACCCCGUUGGAGCAUUGCUUUCUCUGAACACGCCAAGAAAUGUCUCAUUAGAUUCACAAUCCGCAACACUCUUUGAGAAGAUACAGAGCAUCGUCCUCGCUACGCAAUAUGCGAGCGAAUCCAAGCAUGCUGUAGAUGCUUCCUCAAAGAGUAGCAUUCAACCGUUUCCACAAACCGCUCUCGUCAAGCUGCGCACUUUACUGUCUGUCUUCCGUGCUCCUGCAACUCUAUCUCCAGUGCAGCUAGGGAAGCUUAUACUUGUGCUUCAUCCGGCGCUACUUCAUGCUCCCUUCGUCAUGUGGGGAAUACUCUCGUUACAGGCUGAGGAGGCGGGCUUAGGAUCGCUGGAGAGCCCUGUUGGGGAUAGUAAUACUCUAGGUUUACUGGGAUACCGUCUUGCCGGCACUCAGCGAGAUGGCGAACAUACCGUCAAGCUGUCGUUCGAAGGCGCAGCAGGGUCUCCUUCGGUCUCAGUGAUCGUCCCAGGAGGUCCGAAACCUCUCCUUGAGUAUCCCUGGAAGCGACCAGAGCUCAUGGACUUUAUGGUGACCGACCGCUUCAUUGGUCUUAUCACAUGCAUGUUACAAGCGCAUGCGCUCGGAUGGGAUAUCUCUUACGUGCCUCCCGUCCUGCCGUCGACUGCGUCAUGCUCGACGUCUACGCUUGUCAAGACGUUCGGAGCACUCCUUGGCUACGAAGUCGAUACUAUCCACAUGUACAAGGAACUUGGAGGGCGCGAGUUAAUAAUGCGUCGCAAAGUCGAGGACGGCGGUGCGACGUCAUGGGAACCUAGCCCACUAACUGAGGGUGCAUGGGAAGGCCGACUAGUCCAUCUGUCGGGUAUAGAUGUGAUAGGGCCCACAGCUGGAUCUCUGGCGAGGAUUUUCCAGGACAGAGAGGCCGAGCUUUGGGAAGGAAAGCGGAUGGUCACUCAAGCUGAUCACGACGAGGUGAUAUCUGGCGAACUGGCGAUUCCUCAUAGCUCCUUCCGUGUGAUUGUAACAGCCUCGAAGUCCUUACCGCUGAAGGACUGGCUCUCCGAUGAACACGCGAACAUGUUCUUCCCAGUUGCCGCCAUUCCGAUGUCACAGGAAGAAGAGACUAUUCUUCUUCUCGACACCGGUUGCCCACGGAAACUCGUGAACACACUCAUCAGCUUUGCCGAAAAGUACAGAUCUAGUAUGACAUCCGACCUCGUACAGAAGAACCGCAAGUUGGGCACAAGGGCACUCGUCCGCAUCGCGCGACGCCUCGCAAAACAUCCGGACCAUGUGGACUUGUAUACUAUGCUGAGCCACGCUGUGCUGGCCGAGUUCUUACCGGCUACUGAGCGGAUGAGUUUGGGCACUAUCUUCGAAGAACUGGGGAUUCGGCAGCUAACCCCUCCGUUCUACCCUCCGCCCGCGAUAGAAGAGGACACUUUGGUAUUCCCUGCUCCGACAGGCCCGAAUCUUGCACCAGCUUUGCCUGUGCGAGUAGUCUUAUUCAACGCAGAUGAGGACCCUGAAGGCAUCGCGUCCCAUGUCCCGUUUAUGGAGCACUAUUACGAAAACAGCUUGCAGACUGGUCUGAUGCGCGACCUGGCUAUCGAUCUUGAGAUCCUGGAGGAACACUUGGUACUGCUUGGAAACCAGGGUGUCGGAAAGAAUAAAAUCGUUGACCGCCUCUGUCAGCUGCUGUGUCGUCCUCGAGAAUACAUCCAGCUCCACCGUGACACCACAGUUAGUCAGCUAAUGUUCCAGACAUCGCUUGAGAACGGUGUCAUGAAACGCUCCGACUCACCCCUACUACGCGCCAUCAAGUAUGGCCGUGUCAUUAUCAUUGAUGAAGCAGACAAGGCUGCAGAGCAUGUUGUUGCUAUUUUCAGGAGCUUGGCGGGCCACGGCGAGCUGACGUUGGCGGAUGGACGAAGAGUCCGACGGCAGCAAGAGCGAGGGUCCGAUGUCGUCGUGCACCCGAAUUUCCGCCUCGUUCUUCUCGCGAACAGGCCAGGUUAUCCCUUCCUAGGAAACCACUUUCUCCAGGUCCUCGGCGACAAUUUCAGCUGCCACUCCGUCACAAACCCUGACAUGGCCAGUGAAAGACGGCUUCUAUCUCAACUAGCACCGGAGCUGAGCGAGGACAUGAUUCUGCGACUUGUCGCUGCAUUUCAAGAUCUUCGACGUGCAUACGAUACUGGCGCUCUGACAUACCCAUACUCUCUUCGAGAAUUGAUCAACCUCAUCAAGCACAUGCAAGCUUACCGUGACGAUCCGCUCGAACUCGCCCUUCGCAACAUCUUCGACUUCGAUGUCUACCGCCGAGAGACUACCGAAAAGCUGGCUGAGAUUCUGGACCACCAUGGGCUCAUGGUGAAACAUCUCGGGCUAGAUGCCACCAGAGAAGCGUCCCGCAAGAAAGUCGUCAGUGUGGAAUAUGAACCUAAAAAGACUAGCCUAUCUGAGCCGAAGUUUGGCAAAGAAGACCCCAAGAACGAGGCGCAUGUAGGUGGAAAUACUUGGGCCGGAGGAGUCUCGGAUGCCUUAAAGAACCAGAUACCUGACCACAUCAAGGAGAAGGCCCGAGAAAUGGCACACGAAGAGCUCAAGCGUCGGCUUGAGGAGCUCAACAUGUCUAACGCAGAGGCCAGAGGGUACGGUGCUCUUCUAGAGGCUGUACAAGGGCACAUCGCUCAACUAUUUGAUCUGCUUGAGCAUCUCUCUGCGAAGGAAGAAGAGCGUGUAUGGAUAAAGCGCCAGACCGACGGAGAACUGGACGACAGCCGUCUAACAGAGGGUCUUACUGGUGAAGCCACAGUAUAUAAGCGGCGCAGUGUGAUGAAACCCGAGAUGGGCCGUCCCCAGAUCAGACCCAAACGCAUAAGAUUUCUCUUUGAUAUCAGCGCUUCGAUGUAUCGUUUUCAGUAUGACGGCAGAUUGCAAAGGAGUCUUGAGACGGUCGUGAUGCUUAUGGAAACAUUCGACCGCCUUACCAGGCCGGAAAAGUAUGUUUGGGAUAUUAUUGGCCAUUGCGGAGACUCCGCUGAAGUACCUCUGGUGACGGCGGGUGCAUCCCCCGCGGCAGUAGCUGACAGGUGGAAAGUGGUCCAGAAGAUGGACCUUACCACACAGUACUCGUUCGCCGGAGACUAUACAGUGGAGGCUAUAGAAAAGGCUGUCGACGAGGUUGCCAAGUUUGAUGCCGAUGAGUGGUUCGUCAUAGCAAUCACCGACGCCAACUUCGGUCGAUACAACAUCACUGCUGAGGACCUCAAACGGGCUAUGUAUCGCCAGCCUAUGGUUAAGACGGCUCUGAUCUGCAUUGGUGAGGGUGCAGAGGCGACCUGGUAUGUGAUACCGAAGCACUUGCAAGGUCGGGGAUUCCGGGUGGGAAACACUGCUGACAUACCCGCCGUCCUGAGAAGUAUUCUCUCGACAAUGGUAGACAGCUGA